AUGGGUACGCCGACAAACCCAUACUCGGCCCAUUCGCCGCGGGAAAGCGAAAGCAGCUAUUUCUCCCACACGUCUCCCCCCCAUGGUCUCCAAACUUACCACUCCGAGCAACAUGAGCACGACGAGCAGGAACAGUCUCUGCUGGAGCGCAACAAUUCCAGUCACUACGGCACGCCCUUCGAUGAUCCUGCCGUGUCGACAGACUCCAUCCGUCGCUACACUCUGCACGACGACGGUCCAGCGGUCUUCGCCGCGCCCCCUUACCAAGAAUCCGAAGCCGCUUCCGAAAACACCUUCCGUGCCCGGAGCAAUGGCGACAAGGCUUCCCGUGAAGGGAGUCGCGCGGGUGCCCUGCGCCGUUACGGAACGAGAAAGAUCAACCUGGUGCAAGGUUCCGUCCUGAGUAUCGACUACCCGGUGCCGAGUGCCAUUCAGAACGCCAUCCAGCCCCAAUACCGGGAUGCGGAGGAGGCCUUCUCCGAAGAAUUCACACACAUGAGAUACACGGCCGCCACUUGUGACCCCGACGAGUUCACUCUGCGCAACGGUUACAAUCUCCGGCCGGCUAUCUAUAACCGGCAUACCGAGUUGCUGAUCGCCAUCACCUACUACAACGAAGAUAAGGUCUUGACCGCGCGUACCCUUCACGGUGUCAUGCAGAACAUCCGUGACAUUGUCAACUUGAAGAAAUCCGAGUUCUGGAACAAGGGUGGCCCUGCUUGGCAGAAGAUCGUGGUCUGUUUGGUUUUCGAUGGUAUUGAGCCAUGCGACAAAAACACACUGGAUGUGUUGGCGACGAUUGGUAUCUACCAGGAUGGAGUCAUGAAGAAGGACGUUGACGGGCGGGAAACCGUCGCCCACGUUUUUGAAUAUACUACCCAAUUGUCCGUCACUCCGACGCAGCAGUUGAUUCGGCCCCAGGGCAAUGAGUCGACCAACUUCCCCCCGGUGCAGAUGAUCUUCUGUCUCAAGCAGAAGAAUAGCAAGAAGAUCAACUCCCACCGUUGGCUGUUCAACGCCUUCAGUCGUAUCUUGAACCCGGAAGUCGUCAUUCUGUUGGAUGCCGGUACCAAACCUGGUCAUAAAUCUCUGCUUGCUCUCUGGGAGGCCUUCUACAAUGACAAGACACUUGGUGGAGCCUGUGGUGAGAUCCAUGCAAUGCUGGGACAGGGCUGGCGCAAGGUCGUCAAUCCGCUAGUCGCUGCGCAGAACUUCGAGUACAAGAUCUCUAAUAUUCUCGAUAAACCCCUGGAAAGUGCAUUCGGUUACGUCAGUGUCUUGCCUGGUGCAUUCUCUGCCUAUCGGUAUCGUGCUAUCAUGGGCCGUCCGCUGGAGCAAUACUUCCACGGAGACCAUACGUUAUCAAAGCGUCUUGGAAAGAAGGGUAUUGACGGCAUGAAUAUCUUCAAGAAGAACAUGUUCUUGGCCGAGGAUCGUAUUCUCUGCUUCGAAUUGGUGGCCAAGGCUGGCUUCAAGUGGCAUCUCAGUUACGUCAAGGCGUCCAAGGGUGAGACCGAUGUUCCGGAAGGCGUGGCUGAAUUCAUCAGUCAAAGACGUCGUUGGCUGAACGGUUCUUUUGCCGCUGGUCUGUAUUCCAUCAUGCAUUUCGGUCGUAUCUACCGCAGUGGUCACAGUAUCAUUCGCAUGUUCUUCCUGCACAUUCAGAUGAUCUACAACGUGUGUCAACUGAUCAUGACCUGGUUCUCCCUUGCUUCUUACUGGCUCACUAGUUCCGUCAUCAUGGAUCUGGUGGGUACGCCGUCUACGAGUAACAAGAACAAGGGUUGGCCAUGGGGCAACGAUGCGUCGCCCAUUGUCAACAACUUCGUCAAAUACGGUUAUGUCUGGGUUCUUACGCUGCAGUUCAUCAUGGCUUUGGGUAAUCGGCCGAAGGGUGUCAAAAUUCCUUACAUUCUGUCCUACCUUUACUUCUCCCUCGUCCAGUUGUACGUCCUCAUCCUGUCGUUCUACCUGGUCGUGGGUGCCUUCAACGGUGGUAUGAUGGACUUCAACUUCGACGAAGGCGUUGGCACAUUCCUCUCCUCGUUCUUCAGCUCCAGCGGUGGUGGUAUCGUCCUGAUCGCCUUGGUCUCCACCUACGGAAUCUACAUCAUUGCGAGUGUCCUGUAUAUGGAUCCCUGGCACAUCAUCACCAGUUCCUGGGCCUACUUCCUGGGUAUGACGACCUCGAUCAACAUCCUGAUGGUCUACGCGUUCUGUAACUGGCACGACGUUUCAUGGGGUACCAAGGGUUCGGACAAAGCCGAGGCACUGCCUUCCGUGCAAACCAAGAAGGACGACGACAACAAGCAGAACUUCAUCGAGGAAAUCGACAAGCCGCAAGCUGAUAUCGACAGUCAGUUCGAGGCAACGGUGAAGCGGGCGUUGUCGCCGUGGAUUGAGCCAGAGGAAGAGGGCGGCAAGAGUCUGGACGAUGCGUACCGCAACUUCCGUACUGUGCUCGUGUGUCUGUGGGUGUUUAGUAACCUGCUCGUGACGCUGUUGAUCACCGCCACUGGAGUAGACAAGAUGUGUCUGACGAACACGUCCACCACCCGUACAUCCUGGUACUUCGAGGUCAUUCUGUGGAUCACGGCCGGUCUGUCGUUGUUCCGUUUCAUUGGCUCGCUGUGGUUCUUGGGCCGGUCGGGUAUUCUGUGCUGUGUGUCCCGGCGCUAA